UGAUUUUUUUUUAAACAAGUCGUCUCUUCUCUCUUCCUCCCCGACCUGGUCACUCUUUUAUCUAAUAGUCUUCCUUCGUCGUCGUUAUCAAAUUCCGAGAUUCUUCUGAGAAUCUCGUUUUGAUCUUGACGAUCAAUUUCUCUGUAUCGACCGGUUCGAAAUCGGGGUCAAACCGGAUCCGAGCAUUCUCCAGGUUCGGAAUUUUCAAAAUUAAUUUGGUCUGAUGGGAUCGGAGCCUCGGGAUGAGCCGAGGCGCAAACUGGUUGACUUGCCCUUUCUUCACAAAUUCAAGCUCUACAGCACUCACACGAAUUAUUACCUGAUUGGAAGAGACGAGAACAAGACCUUUUGGAGGAUUCUCAAGAUUGAUCGAACCGACCCAACAGAGUUGAAUCUGUUCGAGGAUCCUACAAGGUAUACGCAUGACGAAAUCGUCCAACUUAAAAAAUGGAUUAGUCGAGGGAACCAGAAGUUUGGUGGCCUUAAAGCAGAGACUACUUGCUAUGGAAUCAUCGGGUUUGUGAGAUUCUUGGGGCCUUACUACAUGCUGGUGAUUAAAAGAAGAAAGAAAGUGGGCGAGAUCUGCGGCCAUGCUGUUUAUGGUAUAGCAGAGACUGAACAGAUCAUGAUCCCAUAUCCUUCCCCUGAGACAAGAGUGGCUAAUUCUUUAGCCGAGAGAAGGUACAAGAAUCUCCUAAAAAUGGUGGAUGUUAGAACAAACUUCUACUUCAGCUACACAUAUCACCUCAUGUAUACGCUCCAGACGAACGUAUGCAACACUGAGAGUGGAGAGAUUCAUGACGAAACCAUGUUCGUGUGGAAUGAAUAUUUAACACAUGGGAUCAGAAGGAUCCUCCAGAAUACCGUAUGGACAGUUUCACUUGUAUACGGAUUCUUUCAACAGACUAAGUGUUCAGUAUCUGAUGAAGAGUUUGUAUUCACUGUCAUUGCUCGGCGUUCACGCCAUUAUGCUGGUACAAGAUAUUUAAGGCGUGGUAUAAAUGACGCAGGCAACGUAGCCAAUGAGGUUGAGAUAGAGCAGAUUGUUACCAAAGAGGUUCCAGAGGGUCAGAAAGUCCCAAUGACAUCAGUUGUGCAGAUGCGAGGCUCCAUACCGCUAUUUUGGUCACAGGAGACAUCUGUGUUCACCCCACAACCCGACAUAAUAUUGAACAAUAAGGACGUGAAACACGUGGCCACUCGACGCCAUUUUGAGAAUCUGAAACAGAGAUAUGGAAGGCUGAUAAUCAUCCUGAAUCUUCUAAAGACAGGAAAGCAUAGAGAGAGCAUCUUACGAGCAGAGUUUGGAAAGGCAAUCUCGUCUAUCAACAAAGGCACCACGAGGGAGAACCAUUUAAAGGCAAUCCAUUUUGAUCUGAACAAACACUACAAAAGUGGAGCUGAUGGUGCAUUUGAGCAUUUGUGUAACUACGGGAAGAGAGCAUUGGAAUUAAUUAACUUGUUUUUCUGUGAAGCUCCUUUAGGUGUAGGAGCUGAAGCUGUAAUUAACGACUCAUUUUUCAAUAACCCUAUUAUGAAUGAGGAUGAAGAGGAAACUAGUCCAGAAGAAGAAGCUUUGAAGGCAGAUAUAUUUUCGCUUCAAAAUGGGGUCUUGAGGUCAAACUGCAUAGACUGCUUGGAUCGUACCAAUGUUGCUCAGUACGCCCAUGGAUUGGUAGCUCUUGCUCAACAGCUGCAUCUAUUAGGUAUCACUGGACCUCCUAUCGUCGACAAAAACAAUCCCCUGGCAAAGAAAUUGAUGGAAGCUUACGAAAAAAUGGGUGAUGCAAUUGCAAUGCAGUAUGCUGGCUCGGAUGCACACAUCAAGAUGUUUAGUGCUCUGAGAGGUGACUGGAACAUGAUGAUGAAGCACCGUGAUAUGAUUACAGCUGUGCGUCGCCACUACAACAACGCUUAUAUGGACAGUGAGAAGCAGAAUGCCAUCAAUAUGUUCUUGGGGCAAUCUGGGCCUCAAUUGGGGAGGCCAGCCCUAUGGGAGUUGCGGUCUGACCAGCACAACACUGGAAACCUAGAUAUAGAAAACCUGAGGCCAAGAAUUUCGAGAUCCUUUUCUGAUAACCUCCUCUUGGAGGGUUUGGAUAUUGAGGAGCUGAUAAACGAAAAUCCUCAGCCUUCACGUGAAGGAUUAAACGGUGGCUGGGAAACUAAUUCAGAAGUUGGAUUCUUUGAGCCAGAACCAGCUUCUCCAAGCGUCCACUUUGAAGAUCAUUUGAGAGGAACAGGAUCCAAACAGAUGUUUCCAGACAGUGGCUCUACGUCUGAUUCUCAAGGGCUGGAUGAUGUACCUGGCUUUUCACACUCGUACAAUGCUAAGUUCACCACCGCAGAUGAAAUGUUUGAACGUUGCAGCUCCAUGUCGUCAGAUAACAUGUUCAGCGACAUAGCCGAGUCCUUCACUUCUACAACUGGCACGGACCAUUUUGAGUUUCUUCCAGGUCCGAGUCAAACAGAAGGUGAAUAUGUUUUAGUACCUGGCUUCUCAAAUGAGUUCUAUCACUGGGUGCAACACGGAAGAGCAUUUUCAAGGGUGUGGAGAUGAAACUGUGGUAUGCAGCGGAAGGUAACGCUGGUUACUUGGCACAUACGGAAGGGUUGGGCGGGCAUGAUAACGUGAAGCACACGAUAACAGCCACAUCUUUGUAAAUACCCGACUCAGCUUUGUAAAGAUCCUCCCCGUUUGUUGUUUCUCCUUUUUUUUUUCCUACCAAAAUUGAUUUCUAUCUUCUUUUCUUUAUCACCCACAAACUUUGAAUUUUGUUUGUUUUAAUUCUUGGAAUAUAGAGAGGGUUUGGUUUGGUAAAUUUUGUAGUCGUUUGUUGUGGCCCAAUGCUCAAUAA